CCUGUGAGUUAUUUGAAUCGUCGGAGAGUUUUUUUACGUUUCGGGGCAGCAGCGCGCGGGAAGAAACGACAACAACGACAGCAACGUCAGCGUCUGCGAUCCGGCUCAACAUGAACCUGAUCGGGGGCUACCAGCACCACCACCCGCACCCCCACCACCACCUGAUGCACGAGCCCUUCCCGUUCGUGCAGCGGUGUCACCAGGACGCGCCGUACUUCCAGAGCUGGGUGCUGAACCACGGCGAGCCGCAGCCUCCGCCGCAGUCGGGGUUGGACUUCCCGCUGCAGGCGCAGUACGCCGCCGGGGAGCACGGCGGUGGGGCCGCGGGGACCGGGGCCGCGGCGCUGCACGACGCCCGGCUAGAGGCGCUCCAGGGCGGGGCCGGGAAGCGGAGGACGUCGGGGCCGAAGAAGGAGCGCCGCCGGACGGAGAGCAUCAACACGGCGUUCGCGGAGCUGCGGGAGUGCAUCCCCAACGUGCCCGCGGACACCAAGCUGUCCAAGAUUAAAACGCUGCGCCUCGCGACCAGCUACAUCGCCUACCUGAUGGACGUGCUGGACAAGGACUCCGGCGAGGCCGAGGGCUUCAAGGCCGAGAUUAAGAAAUAUGAAAACCGGGACCUGAAAAGGAAACGGGAGCCGAGACAGCAUUUAAGCCCCCCUCCCUCACUCCGACCCGGCAAGAAGGCGAAGGGUCGGACCGGUUGGCCGCAGCAGGUCUGGGCUCUGGAGCUCAACCAGUGACCCUAACCCUGACAAAAACCCUCGUCCCGGACCCUGACCCUCUUCCCGGAUCCUAACCCUAAAGAAAACCCUCCUCCCAUACCCUGACCCUCC